AUGCCUCAAGUACCCACAACCACUACAAUUAUCUAUAUUGCCAGGGUUACACCAGAAGUUCUCCCUUUUGAAUCUUCAGAAGCGAUAAGUUCCACUAUGAGAAAUCCUCUUGCGCUUGGAGGAUUGUACAUUUCCAAGUCUUUGGAAUAUUCCAUAGACACGAGGACAUUAACCCAAGGUAUUCUUCUCUCAACUACUUUGAUUGCAAAUGCCUCGGAAUCUGAUUUCUUCAGCGAAUAUACUACUUCGACAACUGUAACUUUCACCAGUUCAGUGACAAACGGAACUAUACCUGCUAACGCAAAGGUUUUAACCAGCACAUCUGAAGAGCUGUCUAGUUACGUUUCUUCUUCUGCUGAAGUUAUUGCCCAAGCUGACACAAUCGCUUUAGUAUCUUCAUAUCCGGUCACUUCAACAUCAAACUCAUCUAGUAUCGCAACAUCAGCAGCUCAGAUAAGUAGUGUAAGAUACACCAAUUCCUCAAAAUCUGGCUAUUCUUCUUACUCCUCUGAGAAUAGUUCUUACAUUUCACAGUCUUUAGCCUAUAGCAGUGAAGUUGAGUCAUCUUCGUUGGAGCUGUCCACAAUUUCUACUUCGGCUGCACCACAGAAUGUUUCUACGGUCUCUUCCAGCAUAAUUUCAGAAAGCUCUUCUUCUCUUCUGCCAGUUUUCUUUGCAUUUGCAGCUCCAGUAAUGGCUCUAGUUACUGUUUCAAAUGCCAAUGGUUUCACUGGAGACAUCUUUCAACCGAUUUCUACUGCUAAAACAACCUUAACUUUCAAGAGACAGAACUUGCCGUUAGCUCUCCCCGCAGGUGCUACCAAUGAUGGACAACCUUACCAAACCAACAAGUUCUACUCCAAUUUGUUCCUCGGUCCACAAACCGAUACAGUUUACGCCCAGCCAUUCAAUUUAGCUUUCGUAAAAUCUGGUUACUACGGAUUUGGAGUUCAGAGAACCAUUGCCAGCAGAAGAGUGUUUGGAACUCAAAACACCAACAACCCCAGCUCAGCCUCGUACUACUUCAAUCCGAUACACUUGAACGAAAUGAUUGUAUCCGCCACUGCCUUUACAUCUGGUAUCAAGAUGCACGUUUCUGUCAUGAGGGUAAUGUCUGUAAAUGUCAAGCUUUCCACGAAUGGAGAUAUUUCUGCUAAUUACGUAGAAAUUCCCAUUGUCCAAGGCAUGGGUUUUGUCACUUCCAUCUACCACGGAAAUUUGAUUCCUCAAAUCAACUCUGGCGUUGGAUUCAGUAAGCUUGCACAAGAAUCGUCGUCCACUCUUAACAAAGCAAACUUGUUGCGUUAUAGAGCCACGCUUUUCAACGGAGUGCAAUAUCUUAUCUAUGUGAAGAUUCCAAGUGGCCAGUCUAUUUCCAGUUUCAAGCUUUCUGUUAGCAACAAUAAUAAGAUUGUGGGUUCCAAAGCUAUUAACGGUCUCAUUAUUCAGUAUGCCAUUGCAGCAACAGCUGCCCACAACACUUACUAUGAUGAAGCUGCCGGAAUGUACCCAACUCAGUGUAAUAUCAAGGCCACUGGAAAUGGAGGCACUUCUGCGGACUACCAAUUCAACUAUGUCACUCUGGGUAAGUCCAUUUCUGGUAGGCCCGUAGUCUUCCUCUAUCCCCAUCAUGUUGAAUCAUUGAAAUCUGAUACAAAAUCAUACAAUACCGGUAUGACUUUGACGUCUACAACCAAGGGAGAUAUGAAGGGCUAUGUCAUCAACAACAUCAACUUGUCAGAAAAAUUAAACACCAAUGUCCAGUUCUUGCCUUGGACUCAAAGUGUAGGAAGCAAGGCCAUAACAUAUACUGCUGCCCAAUUAAAGACUAUAGCUGCUGCUGCUAACCUGGAGUUGUCUGUAGAUAUCAAGACCUUAGUGAUGUCCCAGAACUCCAACUAUUACUCUGGAAAGGUAUUAGACAAAUUUGCUUAUAUCUUAUUUGUUGUAAAUGAUAUCAUCGGUGACCAGAAGUUAGCCAAGUCGUUGUUGGCUACAUUGAAAGAUACAUUCGCCCAGUUCAGAAACAACAAGCAAUACUAUCCUUUGAUGUACGAUACCAGAUACUUCGGUAUUACAUCCACCUGUAACAACAACGGUGACACUGGAGCCGACUUUGGUUCUGGCUACUACAAUGACCAUCACUUUCACUACGGCUACUUCAUCCAUGCAGCAGCCAUAAUCGGUUAUGUCGACAAGAAAUACGGCGGUACUUGGGCUAAAGAUCAACAACCAUGGGUUAAUGCAUUGGUUCGUGAUGUUAGCAAUCCAUCUACUUCCGACCCCAACUUCCCGGUUUUCAGAAUGUACGACUGGUUCUCUGGCCACUCAUGGGCAGCAGGUUUAUUCGCUUCUGGAGAUGGUAAGAACGAAGAAUCCAGUUCUGAAGACUACAACUUUGCCUACGGUCUUAAGUUGUGGGGCAAAGUUACUGGAAAUAAACGUAUGGAAUCAACAGGCGAUUUGAUGUUGGCCGUACUGGCCAGAGCUAUGAACAAAUAUAUGCUUUACACCAGCACCAACAAAGUCGAACCUUCUCAGAUACUAGGCAACAAGGUUAGUGGAAUCUUCUUUGAAAACAAGAUAGACUACACCACUUAUUUCGGAAGCCCAGACAAGAAUCCCGAAUACGUACAUGGAAUUCACAUGUUGCCUAUCACGCCGGCAUCGUCACUUAUUCGUGGCCCGGCAUAUACAAAAGAGGAAUGGAACAGCCAGAUAUCCAAGUUCUUGAGUAAAGUAAACAGUGGCUGGACAGGGAUCUUACGUCUAAACCAGGCCCUUUUCGAUCCAAAGAGUGCCUGGAACUUUUUCUCUGCGAGCUCGUUCAAGUCCAGCUGGUUGGACAAUGGACAAAGUAGAACUUGGGCCUUGGCCUUCAGUGCUGGAGUUAUGAAUGCCUCUUCUUAG